CUCAGCUUAACUUAUCUGCUCACCCCAUUGUAUUCCGGUGGCGAUAUUGUCCAGCAAUCGAAUUUGGUACGGCUUGAGCGAGGAGAAGAAUGGGGGUCCACGGUCUUAGCUCCUAUUUACAAGAACAUCGGCGGAUGUUAUCGAGAACGUUGGAGGCGCCAUCCAGUGCAGUUUCCGGUUGUCCGCAUCUGGUGGUAGACGGAUGGUCAUUCAUCUAUGCGAUCCAGUAUCAUCCAGAUCUAGACUGGGUUUAUGGAGGAGAGUAUGAGAGACUAUGCCAAGUUAUUAAGUCCGUCGUUGAAGCAUGGCUCGCUGUCGGGUUCAGUGUUCAUUUCGUGUUCGACGGACCAUACCCACCUCUGAAGUUCGCGACAGCGAUAUCUCGACUUGAACAAACUAAUAUUCAACAUGGGCUCCUGUUUUUCCGCACGUCCGCCGCGUCUCGCAAUACGCCCCGUUUCUUGCACGAAUCGCGCAUCAUCCCGCCCCUAUCCUACAGCGCUUGUAUACAUACCUUGAAGAGGUUUCCAGAUCUCGAUGCUGGUCGCGACUUUUCUAACGGCCCGCAAGGUCGUCGCCUUACCCUCCACUUCGCCGACGAAGAAGGCGAUCCGUAUGCCGUCGAAUUAGCCGCUCGCUUGGGUGGUUAUGUAUGCGGCUAUGAUUCCGAUUUCGUGAUCCUGAACGGGGAUGGGUACGCAGGAUACGUUCCCAUGAACGAGAUGGUCUGGACUGCCGCCGCCACAGAGCCCGGGCACGCCGAAGCUAACCACGAUGACGAUACAUUCCAACCCGUCGCCAGUCGUAAGACUAAAAAAGUGGCGAAGCAGACACAGGCUGGCAUCGCAGGUCGAGGCAUCAUACCGCCCGAACAUGCGUCCGACAUCACGCUUACCUUUGCUGUAUACACCCCGGCGUUGUUGGCGAGCCAUCUUCAAAUCCCCCCUUCCAUGUUACCUCUGCUGGCUGCUCUCGUCGGGAAUGAUUUCACACGCCAAUACCGCUCGUCGCCACUAGACGCGCACCCGUUCUUCGAACGAUCCCUUCCGCUGUCGCAUCGCAUCGAGCGUGUGGCUACCGCGUUGCGUGGCGUCGUUUCUGGCAGUGCUUCACCCUCGAAAUGGAGAACUCGACCGCCUCCGGAUGCGAUGGAGAUCAUAGAACGGGCAGUGGGGGCGCUACUACUGCGACCGGCAAUCACCAGCUCAAACGAGAAGGAUGCUUUGGUGGAACGUGUCAUUGCAGCAACUCUACAGUACGCCCUGCCCAAGGCAGACCCAAACACGCCCCUGUGGCCGACACAUGUGUGCGCGCUGCACGAUCCUUCUAUCUGCCCACUGGUCGCAACGUUGACGCAAGCAUGCGAUGUUGCGGCAGGGUCGCGGCUUAAUUCCGGCGAUGGUCAGAUAUAUCAACGGUACAUCACUGCCUACCGCGAUGGCGACCUCGCACCUCCCUUACUCGAUGCGAUACAUUCCGCAUCUUUUUGGCCGAAGCUCUUCCUCGAAAGUCCCGAUCUCGAGUCGGUCUCGCGGAGCCUUGGCCGGGAGAUUCGCCUAUGGAUCUACGCAAUCCUCCAUGAUAGCAUUGGCAUACCAUCGACAAGCGAAGACGCGCGUUCUGGGAUUCCGUCAGAGGAAGAUGAGGAUGAACUCAUCGAUGUGGUAGAGGACGCGACCAACUCCUCCGAUGAAGACGGGGUUAUUGCUCAUCGAAUGACUGACGGUGCCGCAGAGCUGCAUGAAAAACUUCAGCAAGCCCAUAUGGACGACAAAUUACCAGAAUCAGGGCGCCUCUCCGAAACGCCGUCACGAACGCCACUGUCUCAACCAUUCUCCCCUUCGACGAGUCAUCCCCAAACUGCAAAGCCUCCGGUCAUAACAGAGUAUGUGCGUCGAGGCUCGAAAAUUUCCAACGAGAGCGUCGAGUGUCCAACAGUAGAUGCACUGCUGGCGUCGAACGACGUAGAUGGCGACGGGCACAAAACUUGGCCGGACGGGCCAAUUCUCAUAUGGGAUGCUGACGCGCGUUUCAACGUACUGCUACAUGCAAUGCAUUCCUGCGCCGAAGCUGUCAGGAGCGUCCCUCCGUUCCAGCUCGCCGUCGUUCUUGCCCUGAGGUCGGUGCUGCGCCAACUGCAUGCGCGGGCCGAAGCAUCCGGAAGCGUCGAGAGACAGCGAGAACGAUGGACGAGACGAGAGGCCAGAGCAUUCCUCCGCGCGAUCUUUCUUCCAGAUGCACUCCUAAACGACGCUAUUGUGGCCCCGACCUCACCCGACACUCCCGCGGCCCUCGGACCAGGUCGGCCAGACAUCCUGGAUAGGCACGUCCAGCUUAUGGCCCAGUUCUUAAUGGCCUUGGGCUCUGUUGAACUCCUGGUCCAGACGCUACUACUCUCCGACAGGGUUCCAAGCGCCGCACACCUACUCUCCGGGCGCCGCGUGCACAGCGCACUACUGCGAAAGGCGGAGGAAGAUGGGGCAGUCCGCUCCGAGCUGGAAAACGUAUGGAAGGCCUGUAUCGAAGGUUUGGAUGAUGCUUUCGCCCCUGAGGUUUCGAGGCAGCGUGACAAGGGGCGGGCGAAAAUUGGUCGAGUGCCGGCACCGCCCAGUCGAGGGCACACAAGCGGAAGGGGUAUGUUCUCCGUGCUCGCUGAGGCCUCAUGAUGCACCUCUUUUCAGAGUAAUGAAUGUUGACAGAACACGAGACGCACCACAUGUAAGACAAGCUGUAUUUCGUAUGUAUACAUAGUGCGUUAUGUACCGUUUACAAGAGAUCAGCCUCCGCAUGCACUGGGCUGUCGACGCGGACAUGGAUUA